ACAGGUCCUGCUGUUUUUCCUCCACACGCUUCCAGCUGAAGUACAGGUGAGCUACUGGUGAACGCCUGGAAAACCACGACGUGGGAUAAAGAAGCAGGAAUGUGUCUGAUUACUGAAUCAGAUCUGUGAAUCUACUCCGAUUCACCUUCUGGAUCAUAAAACACGGAGUUUUAGCGGAGAGACUGAGGAUCUGCCGAUUAGUUCACACACUUCCUUCCUGGUUUCAGUUCGCAGACAGGACAUGUGUACAGUUCUGAUUCUGUGUGGAACAGAUAAAAUGGUGGGAUUUACACAACUCUGCCUUGGCCUGAUGUCUGUGUUUCACCUGGUGUUAACACGAGGUAUCAACAACAACAACAACAACAACAACAACAGGAACGUGUUUCUCCACGAGACCUCAGCAGACUCGUUCCUGUCGCGCUCGCUGCUCUACAACAGCUGGGACCUUGAGCUGGUGACUCCGGGGGAUCUGGAGAGAGAGUGUAGGGAGGAGGUCUGCUCUUACGAAGAGGCCAGAGAGGUAUUCGAGGACGACCGAAAGACGGCGGCUUUUUGGAAGACGUACACCAACAGUCACGUGAGCUCCCCCCGUGUGGACGUGGCCGGUCUGACGGCCGGAAUCUUAGGCACCGUCGUGUUCGUCAUCAUCGUGCUGGUGCUCAGCUGCUACUGCUACAAGAGAAAGAGGAAAACUGUAAGGCGAAGUGGCAGUGUUCCAGUGAGGUUGGCAGCAGAUGGACGUCCGGCGCCAGAGACGGUUCCUCUGGCUAACAUCGCCGCUCCGGGUUUGCCCAGCUACAACGAGGCCUUGAACCGCAGCGGGCAGUACGACGCACCUCCACCUCCAUACUCAGGAGAGGAACCCAGCGCGCCUACAGAACCCCAGCCUGAGGAGUGAGAGGGUGAAAAGUGCAGGACGGGUUCUAGAGCAGCAGGACGGUUCAGGAUACAGGGACACAUGAUGUGUUUGUGUAUUUUUAGUGAGAAGAGCAGCGGUGCAGUCACGACAUCAACACAAAAGAGUUGGUUUUUUUUUGUUUUGUUUUUUAAGUUUCAUAUUAUACUUUCACUCUACAGUGGUACAUGUGUCUGAGCUAUAUGAGAUAUAGAUGUUAUUCUUUUUUUUAAAUAAAGAUACAUAAAUCUUUUAUUUCUUAA